GUAUCUAUAAUAUUUAACAGUAUUAAAUAAUAGUAACAAUCUAAUAGUUUAACUCUAGUGGCGGCUUGUGGGUCGGUUGAUUCAGAAUCCAAAUCGCGGCAACGAUGGGGCGGGGGUGGUGGUGGAAAGUGGCGUUGUUGGCGGUGGCAGUGGCGGUGUGGAGAGGUUGGCAAGGCGGUGGAUGGGACAGGGAGGAGUCUUUCAGGUUGGUGAGAGAAUGGUCGGAGAAAUUAGGGAUUUGGGCAAUCCCUCUGUACGUGUCGGUCCACACGAUUUCCAUUGCCCUCUGUUUGCCCUCUGCAAUCUUUUUCGAAACCGCCGGUCCUCUUCUCUUCGGCUUUUUCCCUUCCGUCUUAUGCGUCUUCUCCGCCAAAAUCCUCGCCGCCUCACUCUCCUUCUCCAUCGGCAGGUUGGUAUUCAGGAGUUCAAGCUCAGCAAUGGACUGGGCCAAAAGAAACAGAUAUUUUCACAUGAUCUCUAGAGGAGUUGAGCGAGAUGGUUGGAAAUUUGUUCUUCUUGCUCGCUUCUCACCCGUGCCCUCUUACGUUAUUAACUAUACCUUAGCGGCUACUGAAGUUCGGUUUCUUUUGGAUUUUCUUCUUCCUACCUCAAUUGGAUGUCUUCCCAUGAUCUUGCAGAAUACAUCUAUAGGAAGCCUUGCCGGUGCUGCUGUUGCUACGGCCUCUGGCUCAAAGAAAUCUCAAAUUUGGUCCUACUUUUUUCCUGCAGUUGGUAUUUUGUCUAGUGUACUUAUUUCUCUGAGAAUUAAAAAGUAUUCAUCCCAAGUUUCAGUAGCUGAAAACCCGCCCAGCAAAAAAAACAUCGAUGAUUAGUGACCUACCUUAUCUGAUUAAUAAGAGUCGGAGUGCCUUAAAAAAGGUCAAGGAUCAUCAUUUAUUUAGUAUUAUUAACAUUAUACACACACCCUAUAAAUGUAUUUGUUGUGACUUGAUCAUCGUUUAGUAUUUGGUAGUUGCAUUUCACAGUUCAAUUAUGCAGACUUUGGUUGGAGA